GCCCGCAACAAGAUCUGCGAGUGGCCGGGCUGUGAGGCCGCCUUCAAGGACAUGAGUGCACUCAAUGUGCACCGGACUAUACAUCUGGGACUCCGGGACUGUGUUUGCGAAUAUCCCGAAUGCGGGAAAGCCUUCCGUACAAAGGGAGCCCUUACUGUACACUACGAGACACACAAACCCGUGAAGAAGUAUGCGUGCAGUUGGUCCGCAUGUGAGCAGUCAUUCUCUACCAGGAGUUCAUUGAAGGCUCACCUCAACAAACAUGAGGGCAACCGAGCAUUCAAGUGUCCAUUUGAUGACUGCCAAGUGGCCUACUAUGGGCCCAACUAUCUUAGAAAGCAUUACCAGAAAGUGCACCACAAGACUAUGGAUCAGGUGAAGCAAAUGAUGGCCAACACUGACGCCAAUGCGUAA